AUGUCCCACGUACCACAACCGCCAAAACCGGCUGCAACGGAGCCCUCUGCAGCGGCCGAGGAGGACCACUACUUCAGCAGCAACCCGCCGCCGCGGGGUCUGUCGGGGCAUGUGGCGCUCGCCUCGGCAUUUAUCGAGCAGCACGCCGCCGCCAACCGGCGAGUGGUGCUCGUGACGUCGGGCGGGACAACGGUGCCCCUGGAGCGGCAGACGGUGCGCUUCAUUGACAAUUUCAGUGCCGGAACCCGCGGCGCCACGUCGGCCGAGUACUUCCUCGAGGCCGGCUACGCCGUCAUCUUCCUGCACCGGCAGUUCUCGCUGCUGCCCUACUCGCGCCACUACAGCCACACCCCGACCGACUGCUUCCUCGACUUUCUGCACGAGGAGGAUGGCGCCGUCGUGGCGGACCCCGGCCGCGCCGAGAAGAUGCUCGGCGUCCUACGCAAGUACCGCGCCGCCAGGCAGGGCAACAUGCUGCUCAUGCUGCCCUUUGUCACCAUCACCGACUACCUGUACGAGCUCAGGGCCGUCGCUCAGCUGAUGCGCCCUCUCGGUCCCAGGGGUCUAUUGUACCUCGCCGCCGCCGUGUCGGACUUUUUCGUCCCGCCCGAGCGCAUGGCCGAGCACAAGAUCCAGUCCACCACGGCCGUCGAGAGGAUGAAGCACAGCAGCAGCAGCAAGGAGGGAAAGCCGCAGGGGCAGGCGGCUCCGCCUCAAUUCGGCGCCCUCCCCACGGUUCCCAUCCCUCCGGGGGAGCAGCCGCUUCAGCAGCCCACCACCCUCAGCGCCGAGGAGCUCAAUGCGGCCGUUGCCAAGCAGCAGGCCGCCGCCGUCGACGACGACGAGACGUUUGACAAUUUCGACUCGUCGCCGGCUGUGCCGCGCUCCAAGCGCCUGAUUGUAGACCUGGACCCGGUUCCCAAGUUCCUCAAGAACCUGGUCGACGGCUGGGCGCCGCAGGGCAUGAUCGUCUCGUUCAAGCUCGAGACGGACCCGGCCAUCCUGGUGCACAAGGCUCGCUACUCGCUCGACCGCUACCAGCAUCACCUCGUCAUCGGCAACCUGCUCUCCACCCGCAAGUGGGAGGUUGUCUUUGUCGCCCCCGGCGCCGCCGACCGCUGGAUCCGCGUGCCCACGGGUAGGAGGAGGGGCUCCGUCAGCGGCAGGGAGGACAUGGUCGGCGCCGCCGAGGCCAAGAUGCGUGAGGCCGAAAUGCCCCUGGAUCCGGCUAGUCUGCCCGAGGGAGAGCCCGAGAUGGAGAUAGAAAGCCUGAUCAUUCCUGCUGUUGAUGAGUUGCAUACCAGGCACAUCAAGAGCAUGACUCCAUAG